AUGACCUCUUUACGGAACAAAUAUUCCAAUGGCAUCGUCAACGGGGAUUCGCUCCCCGUAACUGGAGUACUGGCAAAUUCUCGAUUUUCUGACAUCCCAUCCGCCAUCGACAUUCCCGCAUCCACACUCGACAGCGAGGUCGAAGUGAGUCUCGAAGGGCUUCCCGAUGAUCCUACCGAAUUAUGUACACUCCUGGAAAAUGAAAGAGCGGCGAAGAAUUUUUGGGUCAUCAUAGCGCUCGCCUAUGCCAAACAAAAGCAAAUCGAUCACGCGAUCGACAUCCUAAACAAGGGUCUCGCAUCGGUUGCUCAAGGUGCUACAAAGGAGAAGUUAGGCCUCUUGGGAUGGGUAUGCUGGCUGUACUUGCUGAAGAGCAGGGAGGCGCCUCGUGUGGUAUCAGACGUUGGUUUGGGUACAGAAGCGAGGACCAAAGACUACUACAUUCAGCAGGCGACCGGAAUAUUAAACGAGGCGUCGCGGUUGAACCCAUCCUUCCCGCCCCUUUUCCUUGCUCGUGGUGUUUUAUCUCUGUUGCGCGCCUCUUUACAUCCCCCACGGCCUGUUCGACCAGGGGCUGUUGAUAACUCAGAAAGAGUGGAAUCAUUGCGCCAGGCCCUGAAGCAGUUUGAUGAAUCCUCGAAAGCGUUCGGUGGUAGAAAUGCCAUGGCUAUUCUUGGACGCGCCAGGGCGCACUACCUACUUGGGCGAUAUGCAGAAGCGCUGGAAGGGUACCAGAAGGUUCUAAUGAGAAUGCCUGGCCUGACUGAUCCAGAUCCUCGGAUCGGUAUCGGAUGCUGUCUGUGGCAAUUGGGCUUCAAGGAGCAAGCCAAAGCUGCUUGGGAACGUGCACUAGCUCUGAAUCCCGACUCGAAAGUUGCCAACAUCCUCCUCGCGGUAUAUUACCUUUAUGACAGCUCCCGGCAUGCUACAACAGAUCCGGCAUUCGGUUCCCUGUACAAGGUGGCCAUGACACAAUAUACUCAAAAAGCCUUCAAGCUGGACAAGGAAUAUCCUAUGACCUGCGCUCUGUUUGGCAGUUAUUUCCUUUUACGAAAAGCUUAUUCAACAGUUGAUACUCUUGCUCGCAAGUCGAUUGAGAACACUGACGUCAUGCAAAUAGCCAGCGAUGGAUGGUACCUUCUCGGUCGAAAAUGCCAUUAUGAGGGAGACCUGGCCAAAGCCGCAGAGUUCUACCACCGCUCUGACCAAGCUCGGGGCGGAGGCGAUAAAGGUUAUCUUCCGGCCAAGUUUGGCUCUGUACAAAUGCAAGUGUCUAACAAGGACUACGACGGAGCCAAGUUUCAGCUGGAGAAAAUCAUACAGCAGACAAAGAACCCGGAGUGCAUGACACUACUGGCGGCUCUCUAUGCGGAGGAGGUCUUUGCAGCGCAGAAAAGUGGAAUGAAAGAAGACAAGUCCGCCGAAGCUAAAAAAGCCAUCACGUUGUUUGAGGCAGUACGCGCGCUUUGGAAGGAUGAAAGUAAGAAGAUUACGCCGGACGAGUCAGUUUUGGUAUAUCUUUCUCGGCUAUAUGAGCAGAACGCCCCGGAUAAGAGCAUGCAGUGCUUGACACAACUGGAAGAAUUGCAGCUGGCUGAGAUAUCUGAUGAGGAACGCCCAGAAGGCCUCGAAGAUGAGGAAAUGAAGGCUGCCCUCCGAGUAAAUCUGCCGCCGCAGCUCCUUAAUAAUAUGGGUUGCUUCCUAUACCAGAGCUCGCAGCUCAACAUGGCUCGUUCCAUGUUCCAGGCAGCGCUAGACUCUUGUGCUCGAUCGCAAGAGAGGGAAGGGGAACUCGAUACGGACGCCCUUGUCACAACAAUAAGCUACAACCUCGGGCGGGCGUUCGAGGCAUCUGAUAUGCCCGAUGAGGCGAAGAAAGUUUACGAGGCCCUCCUGGAACGGCAUAGCGACUACACUGAGGCGAGCGCGCGAUUAACAUACCUUGCUCUCCGGCGUAGCCCGACGGAUGAAGGGCCCAAGAAGAUGGCGAAACUGUACGAGACAGAUUCCACUAAUCUCGAAGUUCGGGCUUUGUUCGGGUGGUACCUCAGUAAGUCCAAGAAACGGGCCGCGAACAUUGCAGAGGACCACGAGCAGCGCCAUCACAAGCAUACGCUGCAGUAUUUUGACAAGCAUGACCGAUACGCACUUACUGGUAUGGGUAACGUCCACCUGCUGUUCGCCAGAGACAUGCGACGUGAUACGGACCAGGAGAAGGAGAAACGGCGCAAGAUGUACGAGCGCGCCGUUGAGUUCUUCGACAAGGCUCUUCAGCUGGAUCCACGGAACGCGUAUGCAGCGCAAGGUAUCGCCAUCGCUUUGGUUGAUGACAGGAAAGAUCUUAGUACAGCAGUACAAAUCUUCUCCAAAAUCCGUGACUCGUUGAGAGACGCGAGCGUCUACCUGAACCUAGGGCAUGUCUACGCUGAGCUACGCCAGUAUACACGAUCCAUUGAGCACUAUGAGGCUGCAUUAUCCAAGGACCGGGCCCGCGACGCUCAAAUCCUCGCCUGUCUCGGCCGCGUUUGGCUCCUUAAGGGUAAGCAGGAAAUGAGCCUCGCAGCCAUGAAGACAGCCCUAGAUUAUGCCCAACGCGCACAUUCUGUGGCGCCCACCCAAGCCCACCUCGAAUUCAAUGUCGCCUUCGUCCAGAAUCAGAUCGCGUCCCUCACAUACAGCCUACCCGAAACACAACGAACUGCCCAAGACGUGCAAGACGCAGCGGACGGCCUCCGCACCGCGGUCGAGACUUUCGGGCGUAUCGCCCAGGCCAAGAAUCCGCCUUACCCGGCUGAGUCUCUUGAACAGCGCGCCAACAUGUCCAAGACAAUUAUAAAGCAGCUUGAACGGGCCCUCCAGAGCCAGAAGGAAUACGAGGAGAAGAAUGCCGCUAAACUACAGCAGGCCCGCGAGGCCCGGGAGGCCGAGAUUCGCCGUCGCGAAGAAGAAGUCCGCAAGGCGGAGGAGGCUGAGCGGGAGCGGAAGCAGCGUAUCGCGGAAGAACGUCAGCGGCUCGUUGAAGAGGCUCAAAGGCUUGCGCUCAGCGGGCAGAAGAGGAACGGGCCCGCGAAGAAGCGGAGAUGACUACUGAAUCCGAAACAGGCGAAAAGGUCAAGCGCUUUAGAGCACACUGGCGGCCGUUACUAGAUGA